AUGACCAUCAUCACAGACGCCAAAAUACUCUUUAUCAGAUUGACGGCUGUCGCCCAGGGUGCGAUCGCAUGGGGUAGUGGCAAAGUUGAGCUACGAAGCAUGCUUAGUCCGUGCCACUUUGGGUUCUCAACCGUGAGCCCAGUCAAUCUUCCCCUUCCCAUAAGCUCACAUUCGGGCUCUGCUUUCCAGAAUGGUCCGAUUGACUGGCUCAUGAAAAAGGUAGCAUUUCCGUGA